GGACUCUGCAUGGUGAGGGAGGAGGCAGACGUGCGCCAACUGAAAGCACAGAUGCUCCAAGCGAAGCAGUCCACUGCACAGGCGUUCAAGCCUCAGCGAUUGAGAACACCCGUCCCCGUGGAUGGACGGCAGCAUGUCCAGCUGCAAACCGAGCCACAUCUUAUCGAGUUGACAGAAAGAGCGCAAGAGUUCAUGGCAGAGACGCAGACAGACCCGUGGCUUGACAGGCCGGACACACCCAUGUUUCGGCCACACAAAGAGGAAAUUCACGCGUCAACCCAAAUACAAGACGGCGACCUUUUCGACUUUGACGAAGAAGUUGUACCAAUCCUAGAAGUCAUCGUUGGGAAAGUCCUAGAGCAGAGCAUCUGCGAGGUGACGGAAGAAGAAGAGCUUGCUGCCAUCCGUGAACAGCAAGAAAAGUUUGAGAGGAUUCGUGCCCAAGAAGUCAUUGAGUACCAGCGGCUCGCAGCUGCCGAAAAACGGCGAAAAGAGGAGAUGGUAUACAACAAACCGCGUCCAUAUUCUGUGCAUUUCUGCUCGUAUUACGCUUACCGUUAG